AUGAAUAACCCUCUUGUUCGUAUGGAAUUCAGGACCGCCACCACCACCUUUGUCGUUUCCGGCGAUGCCUCUCAGAAUACACCGAGCUACCUGUCAGAGCUCCCAUGCCAUUCCGUUACCUGCCAAGCUUGCGGAUCUGGGGUUCUAUUCUCGCAGCAUGCACUCCAACGAGAAAUAAGUCUUAGACUUCUGUCCUCUCACGGCCAGAUUCCGCCCUCCAUAACAUUGAGGGAGGGCCGUCCCGUUAUCUUCGAUCCUCGAUCACCAGUAAGCAGCCCACAAAACAGUCUCAACAAGGACAAAGAUAAGAUGGGGCCAGAAAGGAGUGUUGAACAAAGAAGUCUACAUAGCUUCUAUCUUGCAGCGUCCGGCUCCUCGUCUUCGGCGUCUACGAUUCGCCUACCGGGUGUCACACCGUCGCCAAUUCGUGAUUAUUGGAACGGGCCCUUGAUAACCUUUUCCUGGAUCAUGCUUCUCGAGGCUUGUUCGGAUCGCGGGGCUGCAUCGGAGCCGGGGAUUUCUUACGUCUUUCUUACGGAGAAAGUGGCAUCAAUUCCACUACAAAACUUGUCCUUCAAUGACUUCGGGUACCUGAACGACUCAAAAAAUUUGCGCCAACACCAGGUACACCCUGGAAGUAACUGUUGCUUCAAUGCGUUGGUGCGGCGUCUUGCUCAAAGGAUCACGGAGUGGCAUUGGAAGACCUCUAUCGAGGACGCGCUGCUAAAUAACCGGACGCGAGCCAGUCAGAAACAAACCUUGCCUCGGCGGGUUCCGGCAAGAUACCUCGAGAGUAGCGGUCAACUGAAUGAAGGAAAGUUGCUUUCAUGCAACCAAUGUCACGUCCUAAGCCUCAUCACACUUAUCGCCGUGUCUGAGCUCCUCUCCACGUGGAUAGAGCGGCGCCAACCGGGGACCCAUCACGAAGAUGUGGAGAGGCGAUCAAUUUCUAACGUUAGCUCCCGGCGUGCUUCGGCUCCACGAGAGUUCUUCAAGAUGAGGAGUCAUGGACUGCACUACCGCAGGAUAUCUCAAGACAACGGCUCUCUCGUUCAUUUUCAUUGCCCCGGCGAGACAGCAACUCAACCUCCGAGGCUAAGGAUCUUCAAAAUCUCGGCCUCAACUGCGUUCUCCUCAUCGCCAAUUCUAGGCUCGUCUUGGGAUCUUAGAGAACUCAUGAGGUCCUUAACAAGUUGGUCUCGAAAUUUUCUGCAGCACCUUGCUAAAGGCAUUGCAGAUGGCGUUGGAAAAGGUCAUGGGAGAGGAAGAUCACUGGAGAAAGGAGGGGAACACAGCUCAAAAUUGAGGUGGAAGUGGGCCAAUGAUGCGCGACUUCUGGAAACAACCAUCAGACCAUUUAGAGGCCUAAGCUCCAACGUGUCGAGCUGCAGUCUCGCCUCCAGCUUUCAAGCUCCAUCACCGUCAUCAGACAAGAAGAAAUUGCGCAAUUCAAUGCCAACUGUGACCAACAAUAGGCCCAGCAACACCAUCCUGCGUUUCAAGCCAUUUAUCCAGGCAGUGAGCAUGCAGAUUUUUAACUCGUCACAUUCUCAGCAUGGCUCGACUCGGCGACCCCGCCAUGACUCUGUCCCUGACCGGCGGGGUAUCGAUAGUGCGGGUGGCUUCACGAGAGGCGUUCACUGCGCAAUCGCAUGGCAUUUUUCUCAACCAAGUGGUCACCUGCAUGAAGCCCUAGCAGCAUUAUCAAAUUAUCACCGCCUUAGCCCGCGGCGUUAUGAGACGUACCUGAAAUAUGAGGCGGUCAUGGGCGAGCAGGUUGAUCUAGACGAGUCGACGUAUUGGGACGGUGGCCUAAGGUUAAAUAGCAAUUCCCAAACGGAAGAGAACAUCCUUAGUCUCAUGGGAUCUCGAAAGUGGCUUCAAUCAACAAAGAAAGCUACCACCGGUAACCCCAGAUGUCUCGGGGACAAAGAAGGCCUCCUGAGGCUUUCCCUGUCUCUCCAGGAACUGUAUAGCGCUUUGAUAGCGUCCAGGGACCACGUAGAGGAUUCCAAGAGGGCCGCAAGUUUGGUACGCUCCACUGACGAGUCUAUUCCGCUGCUACGCGGAGAAGUCGCCAUCAUCAUGAUGAAUCAGCAUAUUUUCAAUUUGAUCAAGUCGAAGUUUCGAUAA